CAAUCUGCCGUUAGGGUUUUCAAUUUCUCUUUUUUCCACUUCUUCUUCUUCAUUUCGCUUCUCCUUGUUCGAUAAUUCUGAAAUCACCAUGAAGAGGACGGUGAAGCGAGAAAGAGAACCCACCGGAAACAGCGGUGGCGGAAGAGAAGCCGACGACGAAGAGCCCGAGCGAUUGAGGUCUGUGAAGAAGGAGAAACAGAGAAAAACCGGAGAUGGCUCCGUACGUAUCGACGAACCUCCUCCGACUCAGGAAGAAGAAGAACAAGGGAUUUCUGAUCGGAGAAUUCUCAGAUCUCAGUAUCUCGCUCUACAGACCAAAAUCAGCGAUUCUAAAGAUGAUUUGAUGAGGAUUGAUUCAGACAAAUUCACUAGAAUUAUUAAUGAAGUUGAGAACUUGCACCAGCACGUUCGGAAGCCAAGGGAGCAAAUUGCUGAUGCAGAGGCACUUCUUGAUAUAGCAAACACUUUAAUGACAUCUGUGAAGUCUCAGUCUACUCAUGGGGUUUCACCUGCUGAGUUUGUUAAUGCUUUGAUCAGUGGGUUUGGUCAGGGUUCUUUGGAAAUUGAUGCUGAUGAGACUGCUCAAGUGUCUAUGAAGUGGAAGGAUCUUGGGGUUGCUGUCUGUUCUACUGUUUUAGUUUCAUGUGGUUGUUCAACAAUGUUGGGACCUAUGGACACUGAACUGAAGCAAAAGAAGAGGGCUGCCAACAGAAAACGUACAAAGCUUGGUGAAGGCGUUCGUCCAGAUGAGGUAGAUGAUACACAAUCAGAAGAGAAGACUGAUACAGACAAGAAUAUGGCAAUAAUGUUUACCAUCUUGGGGCGAAAGAAGCGCGUGCGACUUGAGAAUUUGGUGCUCAACAGGCGGUCAUUUGCACAGACUGUAGAGAAUUUGUUCGCUCUAUCUUUCUUGGCUAAAGAUGGACGAGUUGAGAUUAUUGUCGAUAAAAAUGGUUCACAUUUCGCCUUACCAAGAAACGGACCUGCUGCAGACCUGGUGAUGUCGGGUGAAGUCACUUAUAACCAUUUUGUGUUCAGAUUAGAUUUCAAAGAUUGGAAGUUGAUGUCUGAAGUGGUUCCACUGGGUGAGGAGCUAAUGCCACACAGGGAAAUUGCAGUCGCUUCAUCAUCUUGUCCCUCUGCUCCAGCAGAUUUCACACAAGAUUCUCAGACGACACCAAUAAGAAAACUAUCGAGAAACCGAGGUUUGGUUGUACAAGAAGAAACUGUUGUAGAAGAUACUCCUGACAUCAAGGGUGAUGGAACUCGAAGGAGAUGUAAGCGGAGACUCACCCAAUCUUAAAGGAGUAUAUAGAGUAGAGAGAGAGAGAGAGAGAUAGAGAGAAAGAGAGAGAGAGAGUUGUAACUCUUAUUUCUGCUUCAUUUUGUGACAUUAAGUCAAUGUCUUCGUUGGCAUUGUUUUGUUCAUGGUAGGUUUUAGGCUUUUAGCAGUGCCAGUGGCUUUGUCUAAACUCUUAAAAGAAGCCAUGAAGCCUCUUUUGGCUUUCUUUCUUGUGUUA